AUGCUACUGCUGGCUCUCAGUGAUGCCCAUAUACCCGACAGGGAGAAGGACGUGCCAGCCAAGUUUAAGAAGCUUUUAAGCGUUCCAGACAAAAUAUCACAGGUUGUAUUACUUGGGAAUUGUACAAAAUCUCUGUCAUUUCUUCAAUUCGUGAACGGGAUCUCGACGAACGUUGUUAUAGUUCGGGGCGAGUUCGACAACGGCACAAUUGCCACGACCAAGAAAAGCCAUGAAGACAUACCGAUAAACACGAUCAUCAAACAAGGAAAUUUCAGGAUCGGGUGCUGCAAUGGGUAUACGGUCGUUCCGAAAAGCGACCCGCUCUCGCUCUUGACGCUAGCAAGACAAUUAGACGUCGACAUAGUUCUGUGGGGAGGCACCCACAACGUCGAAGCAUACACUCUGGAGGGCAAGUUCUUCAUCAACCCGGGUUCGUGCACAGGUGCUUUCAGUACAGACUGGGUUGUGCAAGAUCGAGACCUGGUGUCUGAAAACUCAACUGAGGCCAAAGGCGACAAUGCCCAGGAAGACGAAAAACAGGAAAAAGGGCAAUCCGCGCAGCCGCAGCAGGACCAUGAGCAAGACGGUAAAACCGCGAGUGCGACUGAAAACGAAGACAAUGUCUCGCAGGAAAGUCCGGUCCAGCCCGGUGACGCGUCCGCCGACCCGGCAAACGAUGGAAAAGAUUCGAGCGACGACGAUAGUGACAUCGAUCCCGCUGACAUCAACGGCGGCUGUGUCCCUAGUUUUUGUCUGUUGGACAUCCAGGGCUCCACCUGCACGCUUUACAUCUACACCUAUGUGGAUCAAGAAGUGAAAGUAGAUAAAGUGGUUUACCGGAAGGAUACCUGA